UUACCGUUUAGUACACGAUGUUUAUCUGCCCAUGUGAUGAUAGCUAGUACCUCGAAAAAUUCUGAUUAAAUAUCCUACAAAACAACGAUCUAUCUGUAAAAGCCGAAUGGUUGACAUAUUAGUAUGAUGGCGCUGUGGACAAGCGCGGCCCUAGUCGCAGUGACUGCCGUGGCGGUGUUGUGGUUGCCUGGCUUCUUUCGACAGCAGCCUCCUGUGAUCGUCGACGGGUUCGUAGCAAAAGGAUUCGAAGAGGUUGAGGAAGCCUUCCGGAGAACCUAUGAAACAAACUUAAACCCUCGUGAAGGGGGUUCGGCCUUUUCAGUCUACUACAAGGGAGAGAAGGUUGUAGACAUCUGGGGAGGCUAUGCCGACUUCGAAAGCAGACAGGAAUGGAGAAGAGAUACGAUAUCAGUUUUCUUCUCUUCAACAAAAGGUGUUGCAGCCAUCUGCAUCGCCAUGUUGGUAGAGAGGGGUCUCUUGGACUAUGAUAAACCAGUAUCUCUAUACUGGCCAGAGUUUGCUCAGAAGGGCAAGGGGAAUAUUACCGUCAGACAACUUUUGGAACAUCAGGCAGGUCUCGUAUUGGCCGCACCUCCCGGCUUGAGCUUCGACCUCCUUAGCGACGUCGCCAAGGCAGGUGAUCGGAUGUCAUCGACCGAGCCGUUGUGGGAUGUCGACGGGAAGACUCACGGUUAUCAUGCGAUCACCUUCGGUCCUCUCACCAAUGAGCUUCUCCGGAGGGUCGAUCCGAAACACAGAACUAUGGGUCAAUUCUUCAAAGAGGAGCUGGCACAACCGUUUGGUCUUGACUUCUACAUUGGUCUGCCUUUGGAAGAGAACUAUCGCACUGCGAGAUUGUUGGGUGGCGGUUCAAACGUGAUAACAGAUCUGCUUCAAGGUAUAAGCAGCCCUACAAACAGACAGAUAAUACUCCACAUGAUGCAAAGUGAUCUCUUAACGCGUAUUAUUGAAAACUCGGGCAUUGGAAACAUUGCCGUUUUAAACAACCCCUACAACAGACAAGUGGAACUGCCAUCAGCUUUGGGCAUAGGCACUGCAGAAUCGGUUGCCAAGUUAUAUGGUAUUCUAGCAGCAGGUGGGGUGGAUAGCUGGACGAACCGCACUCUUCUGACCAAGCCCAUUCUUAGCAAACUAUUCACCUCGACCCCGCCCACUUUUGACAAGACGCUUGGCGUACCGAUCGCAUUUAACUUAGGCCUCAUGGUAUUUGACUCAGUGGAAGGGGAGAUACUGUAUGGACAUCCCGGUGCAAGAGGACAGAUAGGGUUCGCUGACCCCAAGAAUCAGCUCGGGAUGGGGUUUGUGAGCAAUACUAUGUCACCUUUCUUCCUCCGUGACGACCCGAGGACUGGUGCCCUGCUGUCCGCUCUCUACAAAUGCACGCGAAGAAUCGAGAACAAAUAAUGAUAAGAAUUGAAGAACGUAAAAGUUUGCUGAUACAGAAAUAGAAAUUACCUUAUCCUCACUAAAAAAGCAAGUUGAAUAAAAUCUUUUAAAAUUAAUAUUUUGGAC